AAAUCAUCUUUCAUUGAGAUCUCCAGCAGCUGCAAAUGUCAGUGGUCAUUGGGCAUUUCUUUCCUCAUUCCUAUCAGGGUUCCUAGGGGGAAAAUGGCUUUUCACAACCGGCUGACUCUUGGACAAAAAAUAUUACUGGUUAUUUUUUGUUUUCCGCUACUUCCUUUCUACCUGUGCUAUGCAUGUUGCUGUGCUACUGGCGAUGAAGAUGAAAAAGAUAAUGAAAAAAAUGAGGAAGACAAACUAGGAAAAGAAGUCAGAAGAAAUGACACUGUUUUUGAGAAUGAGGCUGCAGUUGAUAUUCAACCAGAACCAAGAAGCUCAAGUUUGCCAAAGACGGUUACUUUUCAUAGAGAGCAUCAGGAGGAGGAUGUGGAAAACAAAGGCAGUAGAAACCAUAACGAAGUAACGGUGGAGAUUCACCCACAGAAAAAUACACAGAGGUUGCCUGCAAGACUUUCCUUUGGUAAAGGAAAAGAAGUCAGAAAGAAUGACAUUGUGUAUGAGAACAAGGGGUUUGUUGAUGCUGACAAUAAAACUAGUCAGAAAACUGAAUUUGCUUACCCGUGGGACAAGUCCAGCCUCAAGUCAAUGCACAUAGAUUUGGGUAAACUGAAAAGCCUUGACACAUAUUCAAGUAAGGUGAGACACCGGGACACUGUGGAGGCCCUGGUGCAGGAGCUGAUGAAAGGAAUUAGUGGUGACCUAGAGAAACUGAGAGCUAUCUGGAUGUGGGUCACGCACCACAUCGAGUACGAUGUGGAAGGACUGCGUGUUCCCAGCCUCAGAACGAGCUGCGCUGCUGAUGUAUUAAGGUCAGGGAAGGCGGUGUGUGCAGGCUAUGCUGGCCUGUUUCAGGAAAUGUGCAGAGUUGCAGGCAUUGAGUGUGAGACGGUGUCUGGGUACUCCAAGGGUGCGGGGUACAAGCUGGGUGACCGCUUCAACGGAGACACGGACCACGCAUGGAACGCCGUCCGCCUGGGAGGGAGGUGGCACCUGCUGGACAGCACCUGGGGAGCUGGGAAAGUUGGUGAAAAAUUCAGAUUUGAUUACAAUGAGUUCUACUUCUUGACUCAUCCUGCGCUCUUUGUGGGAGAUCACUUCCCAGAAGAUGCCAAAUGGCAGCUGCUGACACCUCGGGUUUCCCUGAAGCAGUACGAGAACAUGGACCAUAAGAAGAGCUCAUUUUAUAAUUUAGGCCUCCUUUCUUCACACCCAGAACAAUGUCUUAUACAAUCAGAUGGAAAGACAACAAUCACAGUUCAGAGUUCAUCACCUAUGCUCUUUCUACACAAAUUGAAUGGGAAAAGUAACUGCGGGAUAAUGACACUCAGGCCAUAUGGAAUGAAUCUGGAUGUCUACCCCGAAAGCACUGGACUGCACACCUUAGAAAUCUUUGCGAAGGCAGGCGACUCUGGAGAAAAGGAGUUGUACACCCCGGUGUGUAGCUACCAGCUGCGGUGCCGGGCCGUCUCCAGGGAGAUGAGGCCCCCGGCGGAUCUGGUUAACCCCGUGGGACCCAGCUGGCUGUCGGAGAGGAAGGGGCUCCGCGAGGCCUCGCAGCCGGAUCCCGUGGUCCACUCCGCGGACGGCCGCUGCUCGUUCAGCUUCCGCACGGCGGCACGCCUCGACCUCAUGGGCAUGCUGUCCGCCGCCGCCUUCUCCAUGACGGACGACCAGCAGAGGAGGCACGUCUUCCCGUCCAAGCGAGGCGAUUGGACGGACUUCAAAGUGCAGGUCCCGAGGGCGGGGCUGUACGUGUUCACCGUGUACGCCAAGGACAAGGCGGAGACGGGGGAUUACGGCCACGCCUGCAAUUACAUCAUUUCCUGCACCGACCCUCGAGCGCGGUGGCCUCCGUACCCUCUGAGGUACGGCAAAUGGAAAGACGAGUACGAGCUGGUGGAGCCUCUCGCCGGCGUGCUCCCGGCCAAUCGUGCGGUCCGGUUUAAGAUGAGGGUCCCCCACGUAUCGCAGGUGAAGGUGGGAGGCCAGGACUCGCAUGCCCUGAGCCAGGAUGCGGACGGGUACUGGACUGGCAGCUUCAGCACGGCAGGAUGCAAGGACGUUAAUGUUAAGAUAAAAGUCAACCCUAGCGACAGGUCAUUAUCCUUUAUUCUGAAUUACCAAGUGGAGGUCCAGUAGCAACUUCACUGUCUGCCUUUAUUUUUGCACUUACGUUUGUAAUUCAUUUUAAAUGAUUGAAAUAUGUUUACACAUUGCACUGAAAUGCUAAGGGUAGUGCAAUAAUGAUGGAAAAAGGGGAAUAUUGGAUACCCUAAUAUACCCCAGAGGCUGUAACAUGGAUUCAGAUUGAUUCCUUUUUUUAGCAUUAUAAUGUUUCACCUUUAUUUGCAUAAUCUAAAUAUUUUAGAUUAGUAGAAUUUUUCCUCUUUCAAAUGACAACAGACUGAUGUUAUACACACAUUCAACCCAACCAAACAGAAAAUUGUACUGAUGUUAUAAUUCGUAAUUUCGGGGAAGAAUGGUCUGUCCAAUUAAACUAGAUCGGAUGAGGGUUGAGGUCAUUUAAAUGAACUGAGAAAAAAGACAUUGUUUUGUGUUUAAAUCAUCAACACUGACUGAAGUUUAUUCUUUGAAAUAUAACCCUACUCUGGGUAUGAUCAUUAUUUGUGGAAUGUUUACAUGAGAGAAUUUAUCAAGGUAUAAAUCCUGAAAUCUAAAAACAAAAACAGUAAAAGUC